CUGCAGGGAGCUCAGCAGCGGACCAAUCAGCAGCGGUCAUGACGCAGAGACCGGAAGCCGUUCCGCUGUCAGCCAAGAGGAGAAGCACUGAGGACGAGCCGUGAGAAGACUUAAAGACAAGAUGGCAGGUCUGCCCCGCAGGAUCAUUAAGGAGACGCAGCGCCUGAUUGCCGAGCCGGUUCCCGGUAUCCAGGCGGAGCCCGACGAGGGGAACGCCCGCUACUUCCACGUGGUCAUCACGGGGCCUGAGGACUCUCCAUUUGAGGGGGGCACCUUUAAACUUGAACUCUUUCUCCCAGAGGAAUACCCCAUGGCCGCCCCUAAAGUACGCUUUAUUACCAAAAUAUAUCACCCCAACGUAGACAAGCUAGGAAGAAUAUGUCUAGACAUUUUGAAAGACAAGUGGUCUCCAGCCCUCCAGAUCCGCACGGUGCUGCUAUCAAUCCAGGCGUUACUAAGCGCCCCAAACCCUGAUGAUCCCCUAGCCAAUGAUGUUGCAGAGCAGUGGAAAACCAAUGAAGUUAAAGCCAUAGAGACUGCCAGGGCAUGGACCAGGCUCUAUGCCAGGAACAACCUGGACGUGUAGCGGGACAGACCGGGCCUACACCGACAGACGGCACGCCCAAACGCAACUCCUCAUUUUCCGCCAAGACCUCUUCCUACUUAAUUUGAGUUUAACGGACGUCUUUAUUAUAAAACAAAUACUAAGGAAUAUACUGUUAAGAGAAACAAGACAACUGCUGUCAAUUGGUCAUUUAAAUGCACACUAGUAAAUAAGACGUGUUGUCUUGAUUCACUGCUGUUCAGACGUUUUAAGAUAUGCUCCGGCUUCCUUGUCCAUUGAUUCUUUUUUGUUUUUCAAGCUCUUCUUCAAGAAGCUUUUUGAGAACAAACUGGGGAACCUGCCCCAUGUGUUCUGUCUUUACUUUGGGUAGCAGGGAGCAGCGAGGGGUAGAAGCUAAGAAGAGCAGCAGAUCUGGUUUAUGUUGUCCCUCUUCUGAGUGUCAUGGGGGAGUUUGAAGGAGCAGCUACCGGCCCACUAGCUGCAGGCCGCGCGGCCAUGGCUCCCCCCAGGAGCCCGGGCCGUCUUAGACGGCGUGGCUUUUUAUUUCAUCAUAUCCGACAGGUAACACAGUAACGAUAUGACUAAACACAACUGAGCCUUCCUCUAUCAUGAUGUUCGCUGUCAUCGUAGACCUUUUAAUUCAGGCUUCUGACCAGUGUGGGCAGUGGGUUGAAGGCAGAGGGCCAGGGAGGGGGUGGGUUUGUUUUUAGCGUGUGUUUUGUUAUCAUAUCUGGUCUUCUACGUUUGGCCUUGUUGUCGCCCUACUAAUGUUGUUUACUCUCCCAUCACAUGCUUACUCUAUGAUUAAUGGUUUUCUUCCCCCACUCAUUGGUUCAAGACGUUGUGGUUGGUGGUGAACCUGUUUGAAAGGGAGCAGUGGGCUGGGGGUCCGAGGAAUAGGCUGUGACUAUAAAGGGGUCAGCGUCCAAACCCCAAAGGAUCAGUAACGGCUUUGGUCUCAGCUGUCACGAUUGGUCUUCAGUUGCAAAGUCUGUAUUCAAUUUAAUGUUUGUAAAUUAAUUCCUUCUAUUAAUCUGGGGAAGAAAUGUUUCUGCUCUCAGAAUGCUAUGGAAACAGUCCAUCUGCAUACUUUUGGUUUCUGUAAAUAAAAUCUGUUAUUAAUAAGAAAUUAUGGUAGGUGUCUUUUUCUGCAUAUAUAUUUUAAACAUGUUUUUAAAUUAAGGAUGAUCAAAGAUCGUUAAAAAGGCUAUAAUACAGUACUUAAAAAAAUGAUUGGCAUGGUUUGAAUUAGUUUUCAUUGGUCAAAAAGCAUACGUUAAUGGUACAUUAUAACCUUUGUGGAAAACGUCAUCGGGUCAAGGCGAGAUGGAAAGGCGCUUCCUUUCGAACAUAGAAAAAGAAAGCGCUGUUAAAAAUGAAUUCGCCUCACUUUUCCUCACCGACGUCAUUGCGCGACGGCGGGUAUUGCUGACCUCUAGCGGCUCUAGCGUGAUACUACAAUUUUCCGAAGAUAGACUACAACAAGCGCUCUUUCGAUCCAUGCGUUCUUCUAUUGAUUUCAAUCCGGUUGUCGCCAAUAGUGAUUAUCACUUAGGUCGGACUAGGCAAACGGGAAUAUUUUAGGCCACUUGAAUCCCAAUUCACAUGUGAAAAAAAAGAGGCUCAACUUAUGUUGAUGUUGAAAUGAACUGCCCCCGGUAGUUUUUCUUAAAUGUGAGGUUGGCAUUUUAUUUGAUUUCGGUGUAAGCUAUAAUAUGUGCUUAAUAACCAGCAAUAAAUUAAUUUAUUUCGAUUCAAAUAAUAUGUUUCUGGAAUUGGUUCCAUUAUUGUCAAUUCCUUCUCUUCUCUUCUUCUGCUUUACCGCGUCUCUCAUGAGUCUUGUAUAGUCGGUCAACUUCGGCUGUGUCCCAAUUCCUAGGACGCAUCUGUCACGUUAAAAUUGUACCGGGGGCGAAAAUUGUACCGGCCUACGUCAUCGUUUGUUUACAUCCUGACAACCUGCCCGGCAACAGACGACGCGAUGCAGAAAACAUGUUUCCAAACGACGAAAUAACAUAAU